AUGAAAGCUAUCACCCUCAGGAGUGGUAAGGAGUUACCUCAUAGAGCUCUCACCAAGGAUGCUGAGAAACAAGGUGAGGGGGUGGCCAUCAACAUAGAUGAUGAAGUAGUGAUUGUUGAUGAGAAGAUCAAUGAUGAGAUUUUAGAGAAGAUUGUUGAAGCCAAAGGUAAAGGAAAGGUUGGGGAAGAGAAGAAAACAGUGAAAUAUGGUGAAGUUUUUGUUCCAGAAAGUGAGAAUUCUUUUGUUCCUCCUCCCUAUGAACCCAAACUUCCAUUCCCUGGUAGAUUCAAGAGGCAGCUGCUAGAGAAGUACAAAGCUCUAUUUGAGAAGCAGAUGAUGAAGUACCCUGUGGGUAUCUUGGAAGACCUCCCCGUGAUGAUUGAAAACUAUGAGAUCCCUACAGACUUUGUGGUGCUUGAGAUGGGUGAGGAAGCUCAAGAUCCCUUAAUCCUUGGAAGGCCUUUCUUAGCUACAGCAGGAGCUAUUGUUAAUGUGAAAGAGGGCCAGAUUGAUCUCCACUUGGGUAAAUGGCACAUUCUCCACUUUGACAUCAAGGUGGUAAUGAAGAAACCAACAAUUCAAGGGCAAGUCUUCUACAUUGAAGAGAAGGACGCCCUUGCUGAUGAACUCCUUGAAGAGUUGUCACUGGAAGACCCUUUACAGUAUGCUUUGACGAUAGAGAGAGAGGUUGAAGUGAUUGAGAACCUGGAGAGUACUGCCUAUGGGAUGAUGCUGGAUUCACACAAAGAGUUUGUUCGUAAGGAUCAGUAUGAAGAGCUGCCACAAGUGGUUCAUCAAGAAGCCUCAGUCACUCAACAAGAGGACACCCAGCAAGAUGACUGGAGAGAGCUUAAGGCGCCUUUAAACCUCUCUCCCAUGGUGAAAGAGAUUCUUAAACUCUUAGAUGCUUGUGUUAUUUACCCUAUUUCAGAUUCUAAAUGGGUAUCUCCUGUGCAUGUUGUACCAAAGAAAUGUGGUAUCACUGUAAUUAGAAAUGACAAGGAUGAAUUAACACCAACAAGAACCAUCAAAUGUCAUAGAAUGUGCAUUGAUUACCGAAAACUAAACUCUGCAUCUAGAAAGGAUCAUUUCCCAUUACCAUUUAUUGAUCAGAUGCUUGAGAGACUUGCAAAUCACCUAUUUUAUUGCUUUCUUGAUGGAUAUUCAGGGUUCUUCCAAAUCCCCAUACAUCCCAAUGAUCAAGAGAAAACGACAUUCACAUGUCCUUAUGGUACCUUUGCAUAUCGAAGAAUGCCAUUUGGUCUAUGUAAUGCUCCAGCCACCUUUGAAAGGUGCAUGAUGUCAAUCUUCUCUGAUCUAAUUGAGGAUGUUGUGGAGGUGUUUAUGGAUGAUUUCUCUGUCUACGGAUCUUCGUUUUCUGCUUGUUUGUCAAAUUUGUGCAGGGUCCUACAGAGAUGUGAAGACACCAACCUUGUGCUGAAUUGGGAGAAGUGUCACUUCAUGGUUAAGGAAGGAAUUGUGCUGGGACACAAGAUUUCAGAGAAGGGGAUUGAGGUGGAUAAGGCUAAGAUCGAUGUUAUGGUUGGUUUGCCCCCACCAAAGAUAGUGAAAGACAUCAUAAGUUUUCUUGGUCAUGCUAGGUUCUACAGAAGAUUCAUCAAGGACUUCUCCACGAUCACUAGACCAUUGACCAGACUGCUGUGCAAAGAAGCUACUUUCAGCUUUGAUGUGGAAUGUCUAGAAGCCUUCAAGAAGCUGAAAGGUGAACUCAUCAGUGCUCCAAUUUUCAGAAGCUACUUGGUGGGAUCUAAAGUCAUUGUCUACACAGAUCAUGCUACUUUGAGACACAUUUUGGCCAAGAAGGAUGCAAAACUCAUGCUCUUGAGAUGGAUCCUUUUGGUUCAAGAGUUUGAUUUAGAGAUCAAAGACAAGUCAGGAGUUGAGAAUGGUGUAGCUGAUCACUUGUCCAGGCUGAGAGUGGAGUGUGGCAUUCCUAUUGACGAAGGACUUCCAGAGGAGCAGAUCAUGGCUAUUGGAGCAGUGAUGGCAGUUUGUGAGACUGGUAGAAAGCUUGAAGAAGUCAAGACAAUAGAAGAGAAAGAACCUCAGUAUGCUGAUUUGGUGAACUACCUAGCCACAAGAAAAGAACCUUUGAAUCUUGUAGGCUAUGCCAAGAAGAAGUUCUACAAGGAUGUGAAGAGGUACUACUGGGAUGAGCCCUACCUCUACAUUCUCUGCAAGCAUCAACUUUAUAGGAGAGUGGUUGCUAAUGGGGAGAUUGAUGGGAUCCUUACACAAUGUCAUGGAUCAUCCUAUGGAGGCCACUUUGCUACCUUCAAGACUGUUGCAAAGAUUUACGAGGAGAAGACUAAAGCUUCCCAUGACAAGAAUAUCCUGAAAAGAGAGUUUAAAGAAGGAGAUCAAGUUCUUCUCUACAACUAUAGGCUGAAGUUAUUUCCAGGAAAGCUUAAGUCAAGGUGGUCCGGUCCUUUCAAGGUCAAGGAGGUUAGGCCAUAUGGGGCAAUAGUUUUGUGGAGUACUGAUGGAAGAUACUUAACAGUCAACGGGCAAAAGACUCCUACAAAGAAAGCCAAGUUGUCAAAAGGGAAGGCGGUUGCUGUUGAUAGAGACAGGGAGAAAACUCCAUCUGUGGAAGAGCUGUAUGAUCACUUGCUGAAUGGGGUCACUUGGACUCCAACAAGGUUCGCCGACCUUGAUUUGCUGAAGGAGUUGAGUCUUGAUUCUGAUAUUGAGGCGAUGCUGGAACAUUUGAAGCUGCCAAAAUUCCUCACCAUGGCUUACCCUGUCUACAAGGAUGUCUCCUGUCAGUUCUUAUCUUCCCUUGAGGUCACUUACCAUAACACUCCGCAUGGAAAGGACGCAGCAGGACCUAGAUUCAUUGAUGGCACUUACUUGAGGAUUGCCACUUAUUUCAGCGGGAUUUAUGGAAAGAACUACGUCUACCACUACUACUUGAAAGGCAAGCCUGUUGAGGUGGUUCUUCCAAACAAGAACCUGACGAGCUUAGAGAGACCUGGAGCUAUCAGCUUCAACAUUUCCCAGGAAGACUUUCUUGGAGAGCACGGGUCUCUCAGUCCCAUUGCUGCACCAAGGAAAAGGAACUUCGCCUUCGCGAACACAUCAGUCUCCCAGCCUCCACCUCAGCCAGCGGAUCUUGGUUUCCCCCUCACUGCUAGACAGCUCCAGCGCAAGUGGAGGAACCCACCCAUUGAAUCAUCCGCCUCAGGAAACAAGUCCCCAUCCCUAGCCUCUUCUGAUAAUGAGGUCGAGAUUGAUGAGGUUCAGAGCCAGCCAUGGUUUGGAGGCUACAGCUCAGCACCAGGUGGUUACUACACCACAUUCCCACCUGACGACGACGAUGCUGGGGCAUCUUCCUCUACUCACUAUCCGUAG